UGGAUUGAGCAAUGGUGCAGUGUGUAUGUGAGACGUGUGUUUGAUCAGGCGUAAUGGCUACGAGCGGAGGGAUAUCUCGGACCUGUUGGCUGUUUCUGUAAGUUCAGGACUGACGAGUUAAACUGCAGUUAUGGGGGACGUGAAGGAUUUCGGGCCUCUAACUCGAAGCCGGAGACGAGCUACUAUCACCAGCGCUAAAGGAGAAGGAGAACUCGUGAGACGAUUAAAUGGAGGUAGUCUGGCUGAUAUUAGCCGCAGCACAGGCAACAAACCCAAGCACAAAGUACCGGAGUUCCACAUCCGCGAUCCGGCUGAGGAGACUCGCAAACGGAGUCGCUAUGAUAACAUGAGUUGUCACCGGAUGCAGGAAUCACUGCUGAGUUCAGAGAGCAGUUUUAAGAAUUACAGAGGCAUUCUAAACUGGUGUGUUGUAAUGUUGGUCUUGAGUAACGCUCGACUGUUUUUGGAAAACCUUCUCAGGUACGGUGUGCUGGUGGACCCUAUUCAGGUGGUGUCUUUGUUCCUAAAGGACCCGUACAGCUGGCCUGCUGCAUGCCUGGUCAUAGUGUCGAAUGUGUUCAUACUCACGGCACUGUACACAGAAAGAAAAUUAGCCAUGGGGACGUUUAGCGAGCAGAUCGGCCUGAUUAUUCACGUCAUCAAUCUGUCUUUGGUUUUGUGUUUUCCGAUGAUCACCGUGCUCAUGCUGCCCUCCAUAACACCAGGUGGCGGCGUCUUCGCGCUGGGCAUCUGUACCAUCCUGUUUCUGAAGCUGUACUCGUAUAAAGACGUGAACAGGUGGAGCAGGGAGCGGAUGCAGAUGAAGGCUCGAACCCUGUCCAGAUCACUGUCAUGUCCGGCUCCACCGUCUACUGACUCUGGCGUGUACGUGUCCUACCCUGGAAACCUUUCUUUCAAAGAUUUGUAUUAUUUCGUUUUCGCUCCCACGUUGUGCUACGAGCUGAACUUUCCCCGAACUGAAUCCGUGCAGAUGGGCUUUUUGCUCCGGAGGUUGUUCGAGAUGCUGCUUCUCACUCAGCUGUUGGUUGGCUUAACACAGCAGUGGAUGGUACCAGUUAUAAAAAGUUCAAUGAAGCCCUUGCAGGAAAUGGAUUACACCAGGAUGACCGAGCGUCUUCUCAGGCUGGCUGUUCCCAAUCACUUUAUCUGGCUGAUUUUCUUCUACUGGUUUUUCCAUUCGUCCAUGAACUUCAUGGCUGAGCUUCUCAGAUUUGGAGAUCGAGAGUUUUACAGAGACUGGUGGAACGCCGAGAGCGUAACGUAUUUCUGGCAGAACUGGAACAUCCCCGUGCAUAAGUGGUGCCUUCGACACUUUUACAAGCCCUUGCUGAGGAAAGGGGCCGGAAAGUUAGUGAGCCAAUCAGCAGUAUUCUUCGCCUCGGCCUUCUUUCAUGAGUAUCUCGUCAGCGUGCCCUUGAGGAUGUUCAGACUCUGGGCGUUCAUGGGCAUGAUGGCUCAGCUGCCGUUGGCAUGGGUCGUGGGCAGAUUUCUCAGGGGGAACUACGGAAAUGCUGCGGUAUGGCUUUCUCUCAUAAUUGGCCAGCCCAUCGCCGUUCUUAUGUAUGUCCACGACUACUAUGUCAUCCACCACCUGGAGGAUGCGGCAGAAGCGGUCGCUCUGUAAAGCUGCACGUUCUGAGGACUGUGUGACUUCCAUCUGCUGUACUGGUCCUUCAAGGCAGCUCUGUUUUAAACUGGGAAGAGAUCUGAACACACUCGAGGGUUCAGAUUGAACUGGAAUGUAAUCAGGGAAUCAUUUCUUAAUCUUUAAGUUGUGUUUUAUGGGGAUUUCUGUGCAUUUUGUGUGUAGAUAAACACACACGUCAUGUUUUUUUGGCAUUAUAGGAUUUAGAAUAAGGUGUAUUUUUUUAAACAUGAUGUUUACAUGUAAUUUUAGAUACUUUUCUAAAGGGACGGGCAAGUCUUGCACAUGCUGAUGUUUUUAAAUGUAUCUGACUGUUCAUUUUUAAUAGAAAUGUUAUUAGUUUAAUCAAUUAUGAGUCGGCUGGGCGCCAUCUAGCAGGCAUAGUCGGCGGUGCCUGCAGCAGACACGUUUCUGCUUGGGCGGGAUGACCGGACUACGUGGGUGGGGUCUUCAAACGCUGUGUAAGGACCCUGAUUAGCAGAUAGAAGCACCUGUGCAGAAUGCAUGGGUGAAAAAGGUUUCCGCUAAGGGCUGCGUGUGGGUCGGAGGAGGCGUGAGCAGCAAUAUACCCACCUCGACUGCAAUCAGGGAUCCUCCAGCAGCGGAAGAAAGAUUGACUACGAUAAAUUGGGAGAAAGUGAGGAAACCCACGCAGACACGGGGAGAACAUGCAAACUCCACACAGAAAGGACCCGGACUGCCCUGCCUGGGGAUCGAACCCAGGACCUUGUUGCUGUGAGGCCACAGUGCUACCCACAGAGCCACCGUGCCACCCGGCGUUAAACAAACAAAACAAAGUUUGAGUUUAAACUGCAUGUUUUCAAUCAGCCAAAGUUUGGUAAUUUGUUAAGGUACGUUUUGUAAGGCAAGUCUUGCACAUGCUGAUGUUUUUUAAUGAAUUUGACUGUUCAUUUUUAAUAGAAUUUAAAAUAGUUUGUAAUCCAUUAUGCCUAUCCGUUAUGUGGGGUGGUUUUUGUAGAAAUGAGGAUUUUUUUUUUUAUCUAAAGUAGGGCACUGCCACCUACUGGUGCCCUACAGAUCCCAUACAGUCGGUGAAUGAAAUCCUUUAUCCAGAUAAUUAUUCCUUUAUGUGGAGACAUUCAUCAAACAUAAUUAUAUUCCGCAGAGCAGCGGAAGCGCCGUUAUCUCUGACUGAGUUAUUUUCUGCAGAUUUGGUUCUUUUGGAGCCAUUUGUUUUGGAGAUGAUGAGGGUGCCAGGUCUCUCCAAUCAGCAGGAGUCAGUGAUGAAUGGCUCUGGAGACGAGCUGUAUAAUAGCUAGUGGUCGUCCUGUAUAAACAUCCUAUCUGUGCACUGAGGAGCAGGAGAAUCUGGGAGGCUGAUUGCACGGUGCGGCACUACAGCCUGUUUAAAAUACGCUGGCAGAGACUUGUGAUUGCGGUGUGUGGGAUCGAUGCCCUCCAUGCUGAGAUAAAGUUUCCUCAAUAGCACUACACUCGAGUUUCUUUGAGUAUUCUUCGAGUUUGACAUCCUUGAAUUUUGUACGUUUCUCAACGGCCUGCAAAACAAUUCAACUACUUUUAUUUCAUUAAAGUCUGUACUGUCAAUAUAAAGACCACUAAAGAUCUUGUACAACAAUCAA